CCAGCAGAGGAGACCGUCAUAGCUUGUGUCUGUGGAGGGAGAGUGAGCCAGCGGGGCUGUCGUGGACAGACUGACAGAAGAGGGAUUAUAUACGCCUUUAACGGGACUCGUGCUCCGCCAAAGACUACACGGUGCACAUAUGAAAACCGACUCGAUGUGUGUUCACGUCGGCGUUUGUGUCAUGUCCGUGUUCCAGCGUCGUGAGCGGGCUGAACUUGCCAGCAGCAGCAGUCUAUAUUUGCCGAGGAGGGAAACCAAUACAAGGUCUCGCUGUCUUGCUGGAGUGGAGUAUUAUUAGCAGUUCAGACAGUGCAACUGUCUCUCCCCCUCUUUCUCCCUCUCUCUCUGGUCAUGCACUGCUAUUACACAGCCACUAAGGCAUCCCCAUUCACAGUCUAAAAACAAAACACUAAAUCGGGAUAUUGGAUUAAACAUACAAUCAGAGAAAAGCAAUAUUGUGUGCUGAGCAAAAGAUAAACAGUCAGUUGGCUCCCAUGCAUGCUGCCAGAAAUCCUCUCCUCCAUGCCCCCAGCCAUGCCUGCUACCACCAAACCCACCAGGAGGCAGACACCUGCUCAGAGAAAAAAUGCCCCGAAAGUGAUCAGCACCAGGAGGAAAACCUGCAACUCAAAUAAAUCUCAGGGAAGAGCAAAAGAGAGGCCCCAGAAAACACCUGCAGAACCAAAAAGGUCUUCAGCGAGAGCACAGGCACAGUCUCAGAGCACAGGCCAAAACACCCGUGGAAGAGGGGUUAGUGCGCCUGCUGGUCGGGGCCCGGGAAGGUCUUCUGGCAAAGAUAACCAUGUCCCAAAUAUAACAGGAUCUGCAAGGCUUAGAUGCCAGAGCAGUCUGUCUGACCACUGUGGUGAGUUACAAGACCCCCCAGGGCGAAGGGUGUCUCUGCGGGGCGCACAGGUGUCUGUUACUUGUCAGCCUCCUAAACCUUGCAGAGGAGGAAAAAACAGCAGGGGAGGUGUAGGAAGAGGAGCAGCAUCACAGCGCAGGAACUUAAGAAACCAGGCCUCCAGCAUCAACAAUUCACCUCCCCUAGAGGAUGAUGAUGAAAAAGCGAAACUGGACACCUGCGACGCUAAUGAUAUCCCACCAGUGUCUCCAAAAACAGAUGUGGAAGCUCCUGUGAGUAUCAAAGAUCAGGGUCUGGGAGGCACCGGUGCUCAAGAAGGCAGCCCUCUCAAAGCAGAUUCACCACCAUGUAAAGACACACUGGAAACCUGUGUGCAGGGCAGCUGUGACAGUACGUUACCGCAGCAAGACAAAGCAACCGUCAGCCUGAACAAUGAAGGUGACCUGAGCUGUGUGACCGGGGCGUCUGUGUUUGAUGAUGUUGACAGACAGCUAAAACUCUGCAGUGACAGCAGUGGAGAAAGCCUCUCUGAGCCCUCUGCACUAAUGAGCAUUAUCUCACCAGGGGAGCAGGAUGGCAGCGAGGGAAAUGACACUUCAUCUGUCAUUGUAAAAGAGCCUGAUAGUCUUGGUAGUGAUGGUAAGCAAGAUGAUGUGUUUACUCUCCUCCAAGAGGAAGGUAACGAUAAUAGGACAGAUGAACAAGUUGCUGUUGACACUGAGAGAAAAGAGAAAAUGGAGAGUUUAGAGGGUGAUAGAGCAGUUGAGAGACAAAAUGAGACUGUGCAGGAGAUGAAUGAGAUCACUGAGAGUCGGUGGGAAUGUGAGGAGCAAGGAAAAAAAGAAAUGGAGAGUGAUAAAUCCAUCAAAUCUCCCGACCUCCACUCUGGCACGGCAGCCUCUCAACCUGCAGAUCCUCCUCACUCUAACAGUGGACUGACACCACAGUCAGGAUCACCUGUAAGUGUCGUACGAGUCUCCAACGCAGCUACCUCAAAUCCCGCCAAAGCCCCUUCCCCCUCAGACUCACUUGAACUAGAAGUUCUGAACAAGGGUAAGACAGACAUGCAACCGACCAUUCAUGGUGCUAAACCUUUUCUUCCAGAGUUCUCCGCAAUCCCUGAACCGGACCUGAUGUUGCAAACUGUUCUGGUGAAAAGGAACACACCAGUUAUUUUCCACAGUAACUCUCUCAAAUGUAGAAGUUUGAGGGAUUCGUGUCAGGCGAAAUCACAGCAACUGCACCUUCCUCCUCCUCCUCCUCCUCAGGGAGAAAGACAAGCAUGCACACCAGAAGAGACGCAGACCAAAGAUAGUUGUGUAUUUGAGUGCCACAUCCAGAGAGAGACACCUUUACCGUCAUUGGAGCAAGUUCCUGAGUCAAGCAAGGAUGCCCUUAGAGCUGAGUGUCAAGCAAACCUCAGCGAGGGUGGUGUUGUGGUGGCAGCAAUGGAGCGGGACACGGUGCCAAAGAUAUCAACUCCUACUUUGGAUAGUAGCUCCACUUUGUCCUGCAGCUCAGAGAGCACCCGCUCCUCGUUUUCUUUUGACACAGAAUCAGAUGCAGGGUAUGGAGAGUCCAGCUUCUCUGUUCAGCCCAGAUCUUGGGGCACAGAUGGGGCCCACUUGCUCUCGCUGAACACUCUGAAACUGCAGAAGAAAGAGAGGAAGAAGAGGAGCAGGUGUGGAACGUGUGUGCCAUGCGUGAGGAAAGUCAACUGUGGCCAGUGCAGCUGCUGCCUCAACCGCAGAACUGGCCACCAGAUCUGUAAGCUGAGGAAGUGCAUGGAACUGAGGAAGAGAAAACCGUCAUCUACAGCCAGUCACUCUGCUGCACAGGUGGUUCCAGAAAGUGGGUCGUUAAAUGGCAAAGGCAAGGCACAGAUGGAUGACACCCACAUGGCAGCAGAGGAGGAUGAGGGAGAGGAAGGCCACAUACCUCAUACACAACCUCCUCCCAUCAACCACUCGCUCACCCACAAACUGGCCUUGGAACAAGUCGGACAGCCAGCACUUAUUAAACGAGAAAGAGAGCUGGAGCUGACCAGCUUUGCACUUCACCAGCACGUGUGCUCUUCUAUGACUUUACAGAAUGGUUCUGUUGAGAACCUGUCAAAAUCUAAUGGUGCUAAUAUGACCACUGGGUCACACUCUGAUCCAAAGCCUGUAUUUAAAAGAACUGUAAUGGCGUCAGAGCCUCAACGGACUGAAAUAGCUGCAAUUUCUAAGAGCUGUUUCCAAAAAAGACCCAAUACUCCUCCAGGUGACAAAUCAGUUCCACUAAAAAAGAUCAAGCUGAACGAGCCAUGGGUGUGGAUCAGUGAGCAGGCCCCUGCACAGCGGAGGGAUGAAGACGAGGUCUGCGAAGACCCGCUGUCCACACUGGCAGCUGUAGUGUGUCUUUCUGUCACGGAGAGGAAGGGACUGGAGGAGAAACUUUUCUGCUCACGUUCUUCCAUUCUUUGCUCUGUCAAAACAGAGCCACCCGAUUUGCACUUCAUCAAAAAAGAGCCAGAGGACUUGCAGCAUGACUCUUGUCAGAAUAGCACUCCUGUCAAGACUCCCCAGCCUAUAAAAAGUGAACAUCCUCCAAAUAACUUGCUGCCAAGCGUGCAGUCUUUAGCAGAGAGGAGAAAUCUUAGUUUUGAUCAGGCUAUUGCUAUUGAGGCCUUGACUCAGCUGGCAGCUAUACCUGAAAAAACCCCAAGGUCCAUUAAAGCUGAAAUUAAAUGUGAUUAUCCUAUUUCUACUGUUGCACCCUUUUCAGCCUCCAGUACAAACACAUCAACACCAGAAGCCAAACCAAUUUCUGCUAUUCACUACAACAAAGUCUCGGUCAUAAGCUCAGCACUACACCAGACGUCAGUCAUCCGCCCUCCAGUGGCCAGACAGGGGAAUGUAAUUCAGUUCCCUCUAGGGAUGAACCCCAACAAACAGCUUUCUCUGCAGGAUCUUUUAGAGGCCAGCUCUGAUAGUGAUAAAACACCCUGCAGGAGUACAGAGCAGGUAAUUGGUUCUCAUGUCAUCAAGUCCGAAUGCAGCUAUAAAAAUCCCAUUGAUAUGAAGUUCAGUAAAGAUUGUGAGCGGUUGUUUGGGGAGGACAGAGACAGACUUGGUAAAGCGAGGAGAAACAGAGAUGAGGAGGAGGUGGCGGCUCAGCUGGCAGACCUCGCCUUCAUCAUCCAGUCACGAAACGGCCAGCAGUCAGAGAACAACCCUCCAAAAGGAACACCUGUGCCGGCCAUUAGAUACAAUUACAACUCCCAGCUACUCCCCAGUCAGAAGAAGGAACCCAUUAAAAAAACAAAAGCUACACCCCCCAAACCCAGAAAGAAGAAAAGUGAUGGACAACAAGAGGGAGCCAGCCGCAGGACGCCGCUCUCAAAACGCACGCCAAAUGGAGAGGUGCCCCACAGGGGCAGAGGCCAGAAGAUUCCUCCACAGGGGAAAUCAGGCCUCCACCAUAGGAGAAACCUGUUUCUGCCUCAAGCUCAAAUUGACCUGAAGAGAUACUUGGCAGAGGCUCAGGAGGAAAGGAGGCAACUCAUCCCUCACAGUAACACACAGACUCACAACUGCAGCUCUCUCCCGAGGAUCAACCACACACCGUGGGCCCUCUCAAAUGGUUCACUCCAUCAACAUAAUCCAUGCAACGGUCAUGCUUUGGGACCAGAACGGGAGUGUGAAAUGCAUUUGCCAUCUCAGGUAGUGCGGCCUUGUGCUGGGCUGCAGCACGGUGCUGAUCCUAACCCCAGCCCAGCAAAAAACUCUUUUCACAGCCACACCGCGGGGCACCAUGGCCUGGUUAAUGGCUUCUCUGGGGCACGACACUCUCCUCCUCCAAGCCAGCAGAGCUACUACAAGCUGGAGAGGUCAGGACCUGUCACUGUCCUGUCCACAUCGACUGAUGGGGAUCCGGAACACACUCCGGAGUCAACUCCAUCCAAGAAUAGCAUCAACGGCUUCCUGGAGUCUCCGGGGAGUUUUCUGGAUACUCCUAUCAAGAACUUGCUCAAUACACCUUCUAAAAAACUGUCUGAUCUUCCAUCCUGCCAAUGCGUGGACCAAUUCAUUGAAAAGGAGGAAGGCCCUUACUAUACUCACCUUGGUGCAGCGCCUACUGUCGCUGCAGUGAGGGAAAUGAUGGAGAACAGAUAUGGUGCUAAAGGAAACGCGGUGAGGGUGGAAGUCGUUGUUUAUACCGGGAAAGAAGGAAAGAGCUCCCAAGGGUGUCCAAUAGCGAAAUGGGUGAUCCGACGAGGCACCGAGGAGGAGAAGCUGCUGUGUUUGGUCCGUCAGAGACGAGGACACUUCUGUGACACCGCCGUGCUGGUGAUUCUCAUCCUGGCUUGGGAGGGAGUCCCUCGGCCAGUGGCGGACCACCUCUACAGGGACCUCACAGAGACACUUUUUAAAUACGGCUCCCCCACCAGCCGCCGCUGCGCCCUCAACGAAGAUCGUACUUGUGCAUGCCAGGGUCUGCACCCAGACACGUGUGGAGCUUCGUUUUCCUUCGGCUGCUCUUGGAGUAUGUAUUUUAAUGGGUGCAAAUUCGCUCGCAGCAAAGUGCCCCGCAAGUUUCGACUGCUUGGAGACUACCCGGAGGAGGAGAAGAGGUUAGAGAACAACCUACAGGGUCUUGCCACUGACCUCGCACCCCUCUACAAACAGCUGGCUCCUGAUGCCUUCCAAAACCAGGUGGAACAUGGGGAGGAAGCGAGCGACUGCCGACUGGGAGUGAGGCAGGGACGCCCGUUUUCUGGGGUCACUGCCUGUGUGGAUUUCUGUGCUCAUGCUCACAAGGACACCCACAACAUGAAUAACGGCAGCACUGUGGUUUGCACUUUAACCAAGGAAGAUAACCGUGCGGUGCGUAACAUACCUGAGGAUGAACAGCUCCAUGUUCUGCCACUUUACAAGAUCUCAGAGAGGGAUGAGUUUGGUCGGGUCGAGGGCCAGUGGGCCAAAAUGCGAACUGGUGCCCUGCACGUUCUGUCUUCCUUUCCCCGAGAGGUGCGCCUGCUUGCGGAGCCAGUGAAAUCAGCACGGAAGAUAAGGCAAGAAGCUCGUUUGAAGGCCCAAGCAGAGAAACUCGGCAAGAAGCUGGGGCUGACUCCUGUCACUCCUGGAAAAGUGAAUAGCGAAACCCCCCAAAAAGAGCCACAGGGCUACUACAGCUCAUACGGACUACCACCCAGACCUGCCAGCGUUGGAAGGUGCCUACCAGAGAGGAACCAGCACAGCACUUACAGCACCAACACCAGCAACUUCCCCACUCCAGGUGCAGGAGUCGCCCCACAGACGGAGGCCAUCUCCCCGAACCACCCUGGCCUGCCUGGCCAUCCGUUUGGACUGAAUGGCUCAGGUCUCAGUUACAGGACAAUGAGUGGCAAUGUGAAUGGUUAUUCUUCAGCAUCUGGCGAUCAGAAUGUCCAGUCAGAACAUAUACCUCCACAUAAUGCUCUUAGUGACUACCCUUCUACUCUUAAAACUGAGCCCAAUGAGGUGCACUGCUCACCACUGCUCAGACCCUCCCCCAGUGGGAGUGCUCCUCCUCUCUCCUCCUACUCGCCAAGACCUACCUCGGAGGGCCUCUUCGGCAGGCUCAAUGGACUCCACAGGGCUGCUGGAGAUGUCGCAGCAGAGGUCAGGGGUUACGGCCUCCCUCCACUCUCAUCUCUCCCUCUCCAUCUACAAACUCCCCAAAUAGAUCCAGAAGAAAUUAAGCAGGAGGAGGUGUGGUCAGACAGUGAGCACAACUUCCUGGACCCCAACAUCGGCGGAGUCGCUGUGGCACCGUCACACGGCUCCAUCCUCAUUGAGUGUGCGCGGCGGGAGCUGCAUGCGACCACGCCAAUCCUCAAGCCAAACCGCAGCCACCCCACCCGAAUCUCGCUGGUCUUCUACCAACACAAGUCUCUAAACGAGCCAGGCCACGGGAUGGCGAUGUGGGACGCCAAAAUGGCCAAGAGGGAACAGGAGAGGGAGGAAGAGGCCGAGAGGUUAAGAAUGGAGGAGAGUGCAGAGAAGAACGGCAAUGGAGCUGGAGGGCUAGAGGGGGAGACAGGGGAGGAGGGAGAGGAGACAAGGAGGAUUGUAAAUGUCCCCACACGUCAAGGAUGGACUCACCCGAGGGAUGGUGUCAUCACUGUCUCCCCUUAUGCUCUUACUCAAGUGACAGGCCCCUACAAUCGCUGGACUUAGUCAGCACACACAGAAAACUCUUACACCCUGUGCUUUUGCCUUACCUCAACCAACUUCAAACUGCUAACUUUGUGUUUUUACAUUGUUUUUAUUGUGCUCUUCUAAUAUCAGUUUGUUAACUUUGUCCGUCUUCUUCGCCCUCGGGGUGAUGAAGAAGACCAAAGUUUGUUGGCUUUUUAACUGUGAGUUUGGGUGUUGGUUUUUUUGUUUUAUAUACAAUGAUGGUGCUCUGAAGCAUUUUAAACUGGUUUUAUAUACAUGACUAAGAACAAAAAAGAUGUGAUUAUUUAUUGUGAUCAUAACGAUUUCUAUUUAAUUCCUGGUGUACGCCUGUUUACUGCAAGAUUUCUAUGGUAACCUGCUUUGUGUUGAUGCUCAGAAUUCACGUCUUUUUUUUAUUUCACUUUUCCAAUAGUUCUCAUUUCAGCAGCUUCUACAUUGGUGCCAUGCUCACUGCAACCUUUGUUAGGCAAACGUAUUACACCACAAAAUGUAGAAAACAAGACUAAUAUUGUGCAUAUACAGAUCGUCACACGUAGCAUUGCGCUUUUUUUCUUCUGCUGCUGCUGGUGACAGAAAUGUACGUCUUAGGUUUUGUCGUUUUUGUUUAUUUUCUCGCUGUAUGGAUGGUUUGUCUUUUAUUCACAGAUAUGUAUGGCAUAUUAAGAAGCACUUUUUUUAUUUUCCUACACUUAACUUGAAAAAGGUCCCGAUCCAUAGGCCUGAAUAUGUAUGCACAGAUAGAGAUAUAUAUAUGACAGGUAAGCAUGAACCCUUUAUUUUUUACUGUUUAUUUGGUUAUAAAAGAAGCAUAUCUACAUGUUAGGAAAUUCAAAACUCAAAGUAAAAGUAUAGUGAGGAAUCUUAAAAAUGCUGCAACAAUAAGGUGCUUAUUACUAUUAUUAUUAUUAUGAUUAGCACUUAACUCUUCUUCGCCAUCUGGUAAUGGAAAUCAUGUCUUUCAGAGAACUUCAAAAACUUACUGUACAUUUUAAUGGUGCUAAUGAGACCUCUAUUUCCUCCUUUUUUCAGAAACCACCAAGUGUCCGACAUGUUAGCAGAAUAGUGCCAGUUUUUUAUAUCUUUACAUUUGAAUGCAAAACGGUGUUAGCUAAUCACAUUAUUCCUCCUUUUUUGCCUCUUCUGCUUCUGUUGGGAAACCACUCAAAUAUCAGAUCCCACCUUUUUUUCCCGCCCUCAAUUUGCUCAAUAAUGUUUUCAGGUGCUUUUGAAGACUUUAUUUGCAGAUUCACAGAAGACCCUUACUAAGAAUUACGCUUAACACUGGUGGUAUAACAUUUCCUGUGAGAUACUUCUGGUCUUUCGCACACUUUGACUUCCUCUUGGUGCUAAUAGGACAAGAAUCAAGGUGCAUGCGUUCAUGUAACUGGUUAUAUUCUGUGGUGCUAAACUCACCCACACACUGAUGUAUGAUUCAGUGAGGCAGUACCAUUUCUCUGCAUGAUCACUGGCAGACAACACACAGAGUUGGUAUCUUGCCAUUUAUUAUGACAUUUUCCAGUAUCAGUAAGAAAAAAGAAAAGAAAAAAAAAACUUUUAUUGUGUAGAUUUUCAUCUGUAGUCCAAAUGUCUUCCACAUAUAAAAAACCAGCCCUGCAUCCGUUUUCAAAUAAAUCACAUCAGACACAUACAAUGAAAUGAAUGUAAACAGUUUUUAAAUGAUUUGAUUUCAGAGGGAACAUUUUUUUGAACAUCACACAAACUUGCAGGUUUAAAUGUUUCCUCUCAUUUCCUUCAGACUUUCAAGGUCUUUAUAUCAGCAAGGAACUAACAACUAGCACCAGCAUUUAGAAAAUCUGAAACUUUCAGUGGUAGAAAAUGUGUAAAUAUAUAGGUGAACCAUAUUGUUUUUACUGUUGCUGUUUUAAUGGUGUUUUGACAAUGGAUGAUCUUGCUUAUUUUGAAACUGAAAUACUGUAUGUUACUGAAAGUAUAUCCAGUUUAGACUUGAGAAGAGACUUAAUUUAGCAUUCCUUCUGUGGAUGGCUGAUCUCUUUCGGGAUUGUGAAAUAAAAGUCAUAUUUAUAUUUUGGACCUGA